GGGCACAGCGACUCCGCCUCCACUCGCUUACUUUCCAGCCCCCUCCCCGGAGCCGGGAGUCCGUCUGUCAGGGACACCCCUUCACCCCGCCUGGAGGGACUUCCCGGUAGGCUCAGGAACCCCCUCCCUGCUCUCCCUUCCCCCAUCUUCACCACUGCUCUCCCGGAGGUCCAGGUCCGCGAGAUGACAGUGGCUCCCAGGAAGCCCAGGAUUCCAUCGCUGAGAGAGUGCUUAGGCCCCAAGGCCUGCCCAAACCGUUCUACUCACCGUGUCGGAGGCCCAGGCCGAGAGCGAUGAGAGUGCAGGGAAGUGGGGAAGAGGGGGUGGCCGCCAGGCUCCUGGGUCCACGGCGGAUUCCUCCCGCUUGUCAGGAGGCGGCCGGCGGGUGAGCGGACUGGCGGAAAUGCGAGAGAGGAGAAGGGAAAGGUGGAGGGCUAAAGGGGGCAAACUGAGGGGAGGCGGGUCCCGCAACCGAGACUGGGAUCGUCUCCCCCUCCGCAAAGCGAACCCAAAAUGGCGGCGGGAGCGGCGGCGGCGGCGGCAGCAGAGCGGCGGCAGCGGCGGCGGCAGCUCCUCCGGAGGGAGGGAGCGAAGGGCGCCUCGCGCCCCCCCACCUCCCACUCCUCCCUCCUCGCGUUCUUCCCCACCGUCCCCCACUCCGCCCGACUCUGGCCGCGUAGCGCGCACGCCUGCCCGCACGCGUACGGGUGUCUCCCGGCUCGUCGCUGGCUGCUCCCACCAACCACCACCUUCGGCCGCCCCGCGCGCCAGCCAGCCCGUACGCGCCCACCCAGGGACACCUCCUUGCUCGGCCCCCCACUCCCUCUCAGGCCCUGUCAAGCCGGCUCCGGCGCAGGCCCUCACGCGUACCUUCAAGCGGCGCGAGCCCAAGCCUCCUCCUCCUCCUCCUCCACCUCCUCUUCUGUCCUCCCCCCCUUCCCCGCCCCCACGGCCACCAACCGCCGCCACUGCUGCCGCCGCCGCCGCCGCCGCCGCCAGGCCCCCCCACCGUCCGCCCCUCGCGCGUGCGCCUCCCACAAUCCCCCCUGCGAGACUGUUCCAUUCCUGUCAGCUGCAGGGGCAGGAGAGGGAGGGACAGGAAAAGCGGCUCGGGCUUGACGUUUGACUGGAAUUGCCAGGGUGGCGGGCCGAGCCCCAACACAACCUACCUCCCUUGACUCGUCGCCGCGGCGUACGGGUCGCCUCCCGCUCCUCCUCUCGGGACCGCAGCUAGCCGGUCAAGGGCUGCCUAGCGCCCCUCUGCCGGGCGGCGGUUGGAGGCCGCGGCGGCUGCGCGUUAAGUCGUUUCCUGCCGGACGACUGGAGCCUUCUUCGCAGUCGCAGGACUGGCUCCUCGGAGCCGCCCUCGGGCGGCGUGUGCCGGUCGCCUUGUGAGAAGAACUAGUCUUCGACUCACGGUGAGGGAAUGGACCGACGCGGGGUUGUACCGCUGAGAGAAAGGAGCGGGACUCCGAACUUCCUGGAGGUAGGGAGUGAGGUCAGUAGGACCGGGGCGCCUCCCGGGGGGAUUCCUCCCGGGCGCUGAGUUGCCAGCCUGCUACCCCAGGAAGAUCGGCGUGGUGGUCCGCUUUUUGUUGUUGUUAACUCGGCUCGGAUUGCUCGAUUUUCACACCACUGCCCAUAUGCGAUGAUGUUUGCCUUUGACGCUCCCCAUGGAUGGUACUUCUUCAGCCUCGUUAGACAGCCUGAUGAUGAUAGACGAUGAAGAAACCAUGUGCUGCUUAUUCAGUUCUGGACUCAGUUUCCCUUGUCUUCCUCUACCAAGUUAUUUUUCUUAAUUCCUUAUCAAAAAGUGUACAUAAAAAUUAGGCAACUCCAAAGACGCCUCCAGGGUUGGUGCGUGAAAUAAUAAGAUAAUAUAUGUAAAGUGGAAUUAGCUCCUAGGCAUAGAGAAAGUGCAGAGAAUUGCGAUGUUGUCAUUUACAGUUCUGUGGAUGUCGAUAAGGCUUGUGGUUGUAAUUGGUAGUUUGUGUUCUGUUCCUCCAAGUCGUUAAUAAAACAAAGCAAAAACAGGCCUG